ACACACACACACACACACACACACACGCACACACACACGCACACACAAAUGUCCUCUCCCCUUCCUCUAGUUUUAACCCAGAGAAUUGUGUUUAGUUGGUCGUGUCGUGCUGUGUGUUCAUGGGUGUGUGUGUAGAUGUGUGCAAGCCUGUGUGUGUGUGUGUGUGCGUGCGUGCAUGUCUGUAUGUGUGCACAUACAAAACCCUUACCUGUGACUGCAGGUUAUUUUGGCUGUGGUGCUGUCAUGACUUUGUUUUUGUUUGUUUUCCCGUGGUGUAAAUGAAAUGUUGACAAAAGAUGUUGAUAUUUAUGAGGGUCCAUCAUGGCUGCAGUUGUGGUGUUGUAUUUAUCUUGCUGUCACCCCGAAAUGAAGACGAAGACCAACACAUUUGAUCUUAAAGGGAACAUAGUGUGUACCUGUCCCUCUUUCUGGCUUUAGCUUUCGCACAAAGACGCACCUCAGAUCUUCCAACGUAACAGGAUGUGUUCUGCUUCUUUGGAAACGGUACACAGAGUGUAAAAGAAGACCUCUCCACUGUUGAGACUCUUCUUCUGAUAUUGAAUUACACAUUCCAGCAACAGCAAUAUUAUUUCAGCACUUAUAUCUCAUCACUGGGACCUUGCAUUGGUUCUGAAUUGAACCAGUGCCUCUCUGUACGAAUCCUCUUCUGAUCAUGUUUGUCAGUCUUAUUCGCUCUCUCUUUCUGCCCCUUCAGUCACUCUGUAUUGGUUAGACUGGAAAUGGUAGUACGUUUACAUUUUUUUGUGUUUUGAGUAGAAUGGGCUUUGACAAAGAAAGAUUGUGAGCAUUCUGUAUUACUAAUCCUUCAUGUGAAUGAUUUAUCUUUGUGAUUAUCCUUUUAUUAUAUUACCCCUCCUGAAAAUAAAUAAAUUAUAUUAUUGUCACUGUAGCAUGUGUUUUUGUCAUGUCUUCAUUAGAUAACCUUCAUUCAGUUGCUUACAUUGGUGGAAAACGGCCUAUUAAUGCUUUCGACUGUGGACCCAGUAGGCCUAUAAUUAAAGAAAAAAGUCGUUUAAUUGGUGUCCUCGUAAUUUGAUGGUUAAUCUCUGCACCGCAAAUCAUAACAUGAAAUUCAGUUCGGUUCGGUUAGUAGGACUUUUCGAUGAAAAGAUCCGUCAGUAUUUGAGCAUCGGCACUAUCAAAUAUCUCUUUUCCCAGUUCUGUGGUCGGUUACUGUACUGCAAGUAACAAACCUCUAGGUCCUCGCGACCAUAGACAUAUAUAUGCCUAUGCUCGCGACUUUCUGCAGUAUCAACUGAGAUUGUUACAGUUGAGCAUUGUCACAGGUACAGGUGUGCUACUUCCGGUUUCAAACUCAAUUAGUCCAGUGAAAAUUAUGUUCAGCGAUCAUGGCGACACCUGAGGAGAUAAUGCACAUGGAAAACAUUGCGAGGCUGUCAGGCGAAGCUAUCCAGCAGUAUGAGGGCCUCAGGAGGGAGUAUGAAAAGACCAAAAUGGAGCUCAAGCUGAUGAAGAAGGAGAGAGAUGCUGCCCUGAAGAAACUUGAGGAUUUUGAAAGAGUAUCCCAUCGGGUGAUCAAGGAGGUAAACAACAUUCAGGAGAACCUGGAGAUUGAGAAGACCUGCAGACAGAGUGUGGAAGCUCUCGCCACCAAGCUGAACCGUCAGAACCGUUCUCUAAAGAGGAAGAGUAUGGUGUUUCUGGCCCACUUGGGUCCACAGGCCAUCACUGAGAUCAACCUAGAGGAAGAGGACGACGAGGAAGAGGAGGACGAAGGGUGUAGCGCAAUCCACUGCCAGAGGGUCAUCUCAGAGCUUGGGGAGAAGCUUGAGCGGGCCCUUGAGGAGAAGAGAGUCAUGGCUAUUGAUCUUGAGGGCACAAGAGAGCAGCUCACCGGCGUCCGAGACGAGCUUGUGUCAGAAAAGCAGCAAAUUUCACUUUUGAUUGCCGAAACAGCCCAACAAAAGCAGCUCUUGUGGAAAUAUGACCGAGUGUCCGUGUUUGCUGUGGAGGAGUUUGAGACCAUUGAAGAGAAUCUGGAGUUGGAGAGAGGCCUUCGUUCUGAGGCCGAAAAGUUUGCUAGAGAGAUGCUCGUGGAACAGAAGAAGAUGAAAAGACAGAGUCAGAUCCUGCUUCAGAGCGUUUCGACCAAUGAGGCCCUGCAAAAGGCCCUGGGGGAGGUGGCCAAGCUAAGCCACACCCUUGAGAGUCAGGCCCUCCAGCACCAGCAGCAGAUGAAGACCAUGGAGGACAAGCUGAAUUCCUCAGACUUGCUGAAGGAGGUGAUGGGGUUACAGCGUAAAGCCGAGCUCCUGGAGGAGGACAAGAGGGAAUGCUGGGAGAUGCGUACCAAGGCAGAGACCGAGGCCAAGGACCUCAGGUUCACAGUGGAAGAUCUCCAGAAGAAGCUUCAGCAGGCCACCAACCCCAUCCCCUCCGCCACCCCUCCACCUCCACCGCCGCCCCCACCUCCUCCUCCACCACCGCCACCACCCACACUGGGCCUACCCGCUAACCCUCUCAGUGCACUGUUAUCCAUGCUGCGCAAAAAGAAAGAUGCAGGUGUGGAUAUCCCUCUUGUUGAACAGGACUCCCCAGACAAGGAACCAGAAAAAGACAUCAGGCAGCAGGCUGUGGACGAGAUGAUGCAGCGCAUUAAAAAGGGUGUUAACCUGAAACCUGUGAGGCAGACGCCUAAUCGGGCCAGACCGCUGCAGAGACAGCGUAUUCCUUCCAACUCGGCCAUCCAGGAGCUCAGAGGCAUUCUGGACACAUCCAAGCAGCCCUCCCAGCCCACUCUGAGCAAUGUUGGGCCGCGGGACACACACAAACCCUCGGAGCUGGAGGUGGCAUUACUACGGCGACGAGGUGCACUUGACAAUUUACAAGACGGCCAAGAAAGCUCCACUCAGAAACAGUUCCCCAGCAGUGUUCUGGACCUGAACCGGGUCCGAAAGCAGGCCCCACACACACCCAGUCAGAGCUCCUCAGAACCGCCCCCCACCACUGAGGUAGGAGCAGCUCCGAGCAAGAACCAGAACCAGACCCGGACCCAGUCAGACCUGGAACACCCACGAGAGCCCGGAUCUCACAAGCUAGAAUGCACAUGAAAAGAGAGGGGUGGAAGAGAGAAGAAAAGGAGAAGAAAGAGCGACAGAGAAGAGAGAGAUAAAGAGAGAGUGAUUGCCUGCUGAGCCUCACACACAGAGUGACAGAAAAACAGGAUGGCAGCCACUCAUUCACCAUCACUCGCAAACAAAACUACGGGAUGGAAGACCAGGGCUAUGAAAUUCAUUUUAAAAAGCUCUUCAAUAAUGUUAUAUAAGACUUUAAAAUUAUAUUUAGUUUUUUUCUUCUUCAUUUAUUUGAUAUCUUAUGUUCUGCAGUACUUAUUAUGUUUUUUUUUGUUGUUUAUUGUCAGCACCAAUAUGCCAAAACAAAUUCAUGGUAGGCGUAAACUUACU